AUGUGGCCGAAAAACGCACACCAACUGGAGGUCAUCCAAACCGUGCAAUCCUUGCAGAUCCGCAAUAAGGAAUCGGCGAACGCGUCCCAAGCGUUCCAGUUGUUCCGACCACUCUUGCUGGUGGGUGUGCUGUUGACGGUGGUCAUCGUUGUGGCGGCGAAGGAUGGCACAGCCGAGCGGAAGCUAAACAUCGAUCCAGCCCUGCGCAAGGCACUGCUGCGUGCCCUGCGCCACCUGAAGGAACGCCAGGAGGAGGAGAAACAGGAGCAGCUGCUGGGCGAUGCGAACACUACGGAGGAAAACUUUGCGACCACCAUCUUGGACGAGUUGCUGGAGGAAAGCACGGUGGCGGACAGUAACGCGCGCGCACGCGAUACCGCCGGUGUAGACUACCACACGUUCGUGGCUAAUGCACAGGAGGACGACCGGGACACGAUCGAGGGUGAGGUGGAACAGCGCGAAACCGGUGCAGUAACGAUCGGAUCCGCGGAUGCGAACGAAAUCAUCAAGACUAUUAUCAUCGCGAAACCGAAGGCAACGCUUACUGCGCCGAAGCUGGAGUCCGAGAAUGAGAUCGUGCCGCUGGUAGAUCAGAGUACGGCCGGCACGACGGAGGUCCCACUGCCGGUCACUAGCAGCACCACGCAGCAACCUCCCGUGUCAACGACGACCGGCAUUCCCGUACCAACCACCCCAGCCCCAACGCACAACGAGGAUGGCGAAAACAUUGAGCAGGUAAAGUCGGAAGAUGUGAAGAUAUUCCAGGCACCGCUCGUAGCCGCCUUCACCGUGCAGCAGGAUCAGCUCGGUGUACCUCGCAACGUGAUCCCACUGCUCCAAACACCGCCCAAGCAGAAAUCUCCCGGUGCGCAAGACUUCAAACCGUCGCCGGUGAUCCUACCAGUAGGGGCGGCCGCUUCCGCGCCCGCCACACCAUCGGCCGCCGGUGUGCCGCUUCUGCAGAUUCAAGCUGUCCCAUCCACGCAACCACUGCUAGCGCCGCUGGCACCACCGUCCCCAAUCAGCCUCAGCACCCGGGCACUCGAGGAGAAGACCCGCCUACUCGAACAGCAGCUGAUUGCGCUACAGAACCAGCAGCGUGCCCAGGAACAGCUGUUGAGGGCAAAGAUCCAGCAAGAGCAAGCCAUCAUCCAGCAGCAGCAGCAACAGCUGCAACAGCAGAAGCAACGUCUCGAGGAGGAGACUCGUUUGCGCAUUCAGCGGUUCGAGCAGGAGCAGCGGCUCUUCCGCCAGCAGCAGCAGCAGUUCCAGCAGCAGCAACAGUUCCAACAGCAGCCACCCUCCGCGCAGCAGUUGCCACCGUUCAAGCCCCAACCGCUCCCGCUGCAGCAGCAACAGGCGCCGCAGCCGACCUUCGUCCAGGAGUUGCCCCGACCGGGACCGGCGGUACAGUUCAUCCCGAGCGUUAGCUUACCGGGCGGCAAACCCAUCCCGAUCUCGGUGGAGCAGCAGCUUCCCUUCAAGGAAGCCGUCGACUUCCAGCCGCAACAGCCGCCACAGCAACAGCAGCAGGCGCCGCAACAGGGCCCGAAGGCGACCACCUCCGUCGAGCAGGUGAAGGCCAUCAGCCAGCCGCCGCAGCUCGCCCGGGAACAGGCCCUGCCGCUCAAACCCUUCCAGCCGUUCAAUCUGUUCCCGGUGUUGCCACCACUGCUGAUCGGGCCGAGCCCGUUCGAUCAGCAGCAGCUGCCACCGUUGCAGCAACGCAAUCGGGUCUUCCGCCAGGAACCGGUCACCGGUAACUUCGGUCUAAACGUUGGCCCACCACAGCAGGCACCGUUCCGUCCGUCGCAGCCGAUCGCAUUCAAUGGGCAACCGGCCGGGCCGCUCAGCGACAGUCAGAACCUGCAGAACCUUCUCUUCCAGUCUGGUAUCACGUCCCGCUCGGCGGAAGAUUUCAACAUCAUCACGAAGGUGCUCGCCCUGAACCAUGGCAUCCCGCAGGCAUCCUCCCAGCGCAUGUUCGCGAAGCUGAGCCCCGACCAGCAGCGGCAACUGCUGUUCCGGAAGUGA